GUUCGCAAUCCGUCUCCAUCCUCAGCUCUUCCGUUCUCCUCGCCCGCCAAUCUUCAGUUUUACACAGAUCAAACAGGAUGUUUACUGCAAGGAGGAAAAUUCAGAAGGAUAAGGGCCUUGAGCCAUCUGAGUUUGAGGAUUCUGUUGCUCAGGCUCUGUUCGAUUUGGAAAACAGUAACCAGGAGCUGAAGAGUGACUUGAAAGAUCUUUUUAUCAACUCAGCGGCGCAAUUUGAUAUUUCUGGGAAUCGGAAAGCUGUUGUUAUUCAUGUCCCCUUUAGACUUAGGAAGGCUUAUCGGAAGAUUCAUGUCAGACUUGUGAGGGAGUUGGAGAAAAAGUUCAGUGGAAAGGAUGUGAUCCUGAUUGCCUCAAGGAGAAUAUUGAAGCCACCAAAGAAAGGUUCAGCUGCUGUGCGCCCACGCAACCGUACACUCACUGCUGUUCAUGAGGCCAUUCUGGAGGAUGUCGUCUACCCUGCAGAAAUUGUUGGGAAGCGCAUCAGGUAUCGAUUGGAUGGCUCCAAGAUCAUGAAGAUCUUCCUCGACCCAAAGGAGCGAAACAACACUGAAUAUAAGCUGGAGACCUUUGCUGGUGUCUACAGAAAGCUCUCUGGGAAGGAUGUGGUGUUUGAAUACCCCAUGACUGAGACUGCUUGAUUUGAAGGCCGCUAGACUCAUUCAUCAUCAUAUUUAAGCUUUAGGUCUAUGCCUGAGUAAUCUUUCCGGGAAUGUGUUUUGUCAGUAUUAUUUUUUAUUUUGUUGUCAUGACUAAGUUGGACAAAUUUUGACACCUUGUUUUGCAUACUGCUGCUUCUCAAGUGCCUUCAUAAUUUCUGCAAUUUCUUUAUGUCAUUGCCCUUUGCUCA